GGUGACUUCCGGUCUCUUUAAAUUAAAUUUUUGAAAUGCGACACAUGCAGCCAAUUUCUUCUUUCUUCUUUUGUCAGUUUACUAUGAGUGUCGAACAAGAAUUCAUUAAAGCAAAGAGUGCGCUUGCUUCUGCAGUCGAAAGGAAUAAUAUACAGACAUGUCUAGAUAUUCUUGAUACUCUGAGUAAACAUAAGGUGACAGGAGAGCUAUUAAAAGUAAGUCAAAAAGUUUAAAUGGCAAUUUCGAUCUGCGUCAACAGGACAAUAACAAUUUCGUUGGCGGCAAUAGAGAACAGACAUUGGUAAAGCGAU